UGUGUGUGUGUUGGGAGAGGUUCUCAGGAGAUAUGGGAGGCUGGAAGUUGAGGGACACCAGGGAGGAGAUGGAGAGGGCUGGGCCCAUAUUCCUGCCACUCUGCGGUGGGAUGGCAGGGGACACCUAGAACAAAGGUAGAGUUAAAGAAGUGGGACUACUUUUGUGUCCACCCCACAAUUCUGAGAGGAGUUCACUGCAAUAAGAAGGGCAAGAGAAACGGUGAGCAGAGGAAACAGGUGCAGUCCCUCUGGAUCAACUGGCUCCCACCUCUCCCAGGGGCACCAACUUGGGUCUGGAGUCCUGGGCUGGAGGCCCCACGGUUGCCCACGGAAUGCAUCCUGGAGCCCAUAAGGUCACGCCCGGGUUUCUACUUCUACAACGCAGUGGGUGGCUGCCCUUCCUGAUGUCCAAGUUCACUCCCUACAGAUCUGGACUCUGGAGGAGCAUGCGGUCCAACCAAGCAGGCCCCUGGGUGUCUGACUAGAGCGCCAGGGAGGGGCUCCUCCCCGGUACCUGCCGGUCCCAAGGAGAAGGGCACCCACAGUGGAGAAUCUCCUGACCCCUCCUGCCCAGCCCCUGCUGACUCCCUAGUUCCCACAAAAUCCCAGCUAAACCCAGGCCUCGCUGAGCCCCCAGGUUAGAGGAGGGCUCGCGGAUCUCUUGACACCGGCUGGGGGGAGGCCGAUCCGCCGCUGACGCCCCCCUCCCCGCGUCCGUCCGCAGCGCCAUGGGCGAGUGGGCGUUCCUGGGCUCGCUGCUGGACGCCGUGCAGCUGCAGUCGCCGCUCGUGGGCCGCCUGUGGCUGGUGGUCAUGCUGAUCUUCCGCAUCCUGGUGCUGGCCACGGUGGGCGGCGCCGUGUUCGAGGACGAGCAGGAGGAGUUCGUGUGCAACACGCUGCAGCCGGGCUGCCGCCAGACGUGCUACGACCGCGCCUUCCCCGUCUCCCACUACCGCUUCUGGCUCUUCCACAUCCUGCUGCUCUCGGCGCCGCCCGUGCUCUUCGUCAUCUACUCGGUGCACCGGGCCGGCAAGGAGGCGGGCGGCGCGGACGCCGGGCCCGGGCCCCCGCCGCGUCGCCGCUGCUACCUGCUGAGCGUGGCGCUGCGCCUGCUGGCCGAGCUGGCCUUCCUGGCGGGCCAGGCGCUGCUCUACGGCUUCCGCGUGGCCCCGCACUUCGCGUGCGCCGGCCCGCCGUGCCCGCACACCGUGGACUGCUUCGUGAGCCGGCCCACCGAGAAGACCGUCUUCGUGCUCUUCUACUUCGCCGUGGGGCUGCUCUCGGCGCUGCUCAGCGUGGCCGAGUUGGGCCACCUGCUCUGGAAGGGCCGCCCGCGCGCCGGGCGCUGUCGCCAGGGGGCCGAGCGCGACGGCCGCCGCCACCGAGCGCACGAGGAGGCGCAGCAGCUGCUCCCGCCGCCGCCGCCGCUGCCGCCGCCGCCGCUGCCCCCGAUCCCGCCCUCCCGCCGCCCGCGCCCCGACGACCCCAGCGGCCCGCCCGCCUACGCGCACCCGGGCCCCGCCGGCGACAGCGAGGGCGGCAGCGGCCGCAGCAAGGCGUCCCUGGCCACCAUCCGCCAGGACCUGGCCAUCUAGAGGCGGGCGGCACAGGGCGCUGCCCGAGCCCUUCCCGGGGGCUCUCGGUGGUGUGGGGGCCGGGGCAGGAACGGAGGCCCGGGACCGAGAGAAAGCGCCCCAGAGGACAUAGAGAGGGAAGUGGAGGUUCGGGUGGUGCCCAGAAAAAGUCGUCGUGACACCAGCUUCCCGCGGGCCUCUCGGCGUUCACACUGGGGUGUGGCCCCUGUGCGGGCUCUCUCUUUGCGUGCGCACAUUUACACCUCUGUCCAGUGUGAGCUGCGUGUGCGCGCGUGCGUUUAUCCUGUGUGAGCUGUG